GGCGUUUGCCAACACUAUAAAAAAACUAAACGGGUAUAGCUGAAAAUUACAAUCGCAGGACACAAUUUUAUAGACGGCAAUGGAAUCGGAGACGAAAGCCAGCGGCGAGGAGAAGCAGCAGGAAAACCCCUCGACAGUGCCCAUGGACACUCUGGAUCCGCCGCCACCGAGUGGCAGCUCGAAGACCCUCAAACGUUGCCUAAGUGUGCCCAUAAUCCGGACUCCGCCGGCGGGAAAAUCGGGAAAAACACCGAUGACGACACGCGCAGCUGCAGCGGCUGCUCUGGCGGCCAAGGAGCACGAGCAGACGCCCAAGAAGAGCCAACAGGUGCUGGAUAUCCAGAUGCCGAAUGUCCCAUCGAUCGAUUGCUUCGGCAAGAACAUACAUAUACGAUCCCAGCCCAAUUCCCGGGAGGUUUCCCCGGCGCCCAUCUUCAACAUAUUCACACCUCGAGCAAGGAGGUAUUCGGCUAGUUACAGUCCCUUGACCACUGCCGCCAAUGGAGCCACCCUUUGCCUAACUCCCCGGGUCUCCCAGCUGAGGCAAGAGGAAUGCGCGGAUCUGAAUAGCCGGGAGGUAAAUCAUGAGCGCGAAGUUCACCGAGAAAUACAAAUCUCCCAGAGCUGGGAAGACUUAACUCUGGUGGCCGAGAACUGGUCGUGCAAAUCGGACGAGUUCUCGAACCCCCUGCAAGUCAGUCUGCCACCCACUGGCACUACCAGUUGCUCCAGUCCCAGUCCCACAAACAAUCGUGCGGGCAUGAGGCUACCAUAUUCCCCGUCGCCCACGAGGCGAACAUUCGCCACCAGGAGAUCGAUGUCUCCCAUCGCCAUGAGACCAUCUCAGCUGGGUCCCGUGAAGAGGAAGUUUGAACUGGACGAUAAUCCCACGCAGGGCAGCAACUGGAGUGUUUACUCUCCUCCGCCCAUGAAGAAGAUAUUCACGGAAAGUCGCGGCUCCUCACCGGUGUGUCAAUCGCCGUCGUCGGUCUGUCCCAGUCCCGAUUCCGGAACCUUUGAUGGCCGAAUUACGCCCAAGCUGUUCAUCUCGAAGCUGUGCACAAAUAAUACGGUGAGCGGAAGUGGAAUCAAUAACAAUAGCAGCAGCUCGGGAUGUCCGUCACCCGUUUCCGCUUCGCCCGGAGGUGUGGGCAGUGGGCCGAAUCUGGAGGCGGCCAUGUGCCUUGUUUCCGGCGGCAGCCAGAGUCAAAGUAUCGACGAGGGAAUCUCGAUACCCGAAUCGGAGUCGCACUCCUCCUGCCGCAGUCGCACCUCCUCCAUCCUGUCCACCGCAUCCUCCAGCACUCAGGUGCUGGUCAACGAUUUGGUGGAUGAUGCCACUCUAAUGGACGAUGCCAAAAGCGAGACCUCCUCGAUCGGUGGAUGUUCCACCAUCAGCAUAGAGUCGUCCUCCUGCGACAGUGGUGCCAAAACAGCUGCCACUUUUCUGAAUCGCCUUGUCGUGGAUUCAGAUGGCGGGGGUUCCCCGCUUGCACAGAAGAGCUUCUAUAUCAACAAGCAGGGAUUGUCGGGCGCCAAGAAGUUUGUCGUCAAUCACGAGAGAUCGGGAGCCACCAGCAAAGAUGUGCCGCCAAAGCUUUAAGAAACGCGUGGAAACAUACGCAGUUUAGCUUAGCUUAGGGGUCGAUUUUGGGGAUGCUAAAUUAAUGUAACAAUCUCAGGCUCCAAAAAUUAAUCUUUGGUUAAUUUUAAGUGAUUUGCUUUGAAUUCUUUAUGAACUAUAUAUGAGUACCAACGGGUUAAAAAAAUCUAACAAAUAUCCAUGCCUCUUGUCUUCCAAGAAACACUUGAUCAAAAAUAGCUAGAUUCUUUUAAAGUUGUACAUUUUCAAUAAUUCUAAUAGACCUUAACGCAAAUUUUCUUAUGGUUAAAUUAUAUUU